CCGUCAGCACCUGAAGGCAGCAGUUUGGUGAGCUCCUGGGGAGACAGCGGUUAGCCUGGUGUUGUUCAUCCAACUGAGAGCAAGGAAACAUGGCUGCACUUUUCAAAGCAAGGAAAGCUCUAGGCUUGUGUCUCAGUGGCUGUCGAAGUCUGUCUCAGCUAGCAGAGUUACCAGAGACUCAUCAGAUGCUGAGGCAGACCUGCAGAGACUAUGCUGACAGAGAGCUGAUACCCAUCGCCGCCAAACUCGACAAAGAGCACAGUUACCCUGCCCAACAGAUUCAAGAGUUGGGGGCGAUGGGGGUGAUGGCCAUGGAGGUACCAGAGGAGCUGGGUGGUGCAGGGAUGGACUACCUGGCCUACAGUCUGGCUAUGGAGGAGAUCAGUCGAGGCUGCGCCAGCACCGGAGUCGUGGUCUCUGUAAACAAUUCUCUCUACAUCGGACCAAUAUUGAAGUUUGGUACAGAGGAACAGAAAAAGCAGUGGAUCACACCGUUCACCACCGGAGAGAAGGUGGGCUGUUUCGCACUCAGUGAGCCAGGUAAUGGCAGUGACGCAGGUGCUGCCUCCACUAUGGCUCAUCAGGAGGGAGAUGAGUGGGUGCUCAACGGAACCAAGGCCUGGAUCACCAACAGCUGGGACGCCUCUGCCACAGUCGUGUUCGCCACCACUGACAAGAAACUCAAACACAAGGGUAUCAGUGCCUUCCUGAUCCCCAUGCCACACCCUGGGCUUUCUCUAGGAAAGAAGGAAGAUAAAUUGGGCAUCAAAGCCUCAUCCACUGCUAACAUCAUCCUUGAGGACUGCAGGAUACCGCUGGGCAACAUGCUGGGUCCUCGCGGUGCUGGAUUCAAGAUCGCCAUGCAAACGCUGGACAGUGGAAGGAUCGGUAUCGCAGCUCAGGCUCUGGGUAUCGCUCAGGCUUCUCUGGACUGUGCUGCAGAUUACGCACUCAAACGCACUGCAUUCGGAGCCCCCAUCAGCAAGCUGCAGUCCAUACAGUUCAAACUGGCUGACAUGGCUGUGGCAGUAGAGAGCUCUCGUCUGCUCACAUGGAAGGCUGCUCUUCUUCGGGAUUCAAAGAAACCCUUCACUAAGGAAGCAGCUAUGGCCAAACUGUCAGCAUCUGAAGCUGCCACGCUGUGCUCACAUCAGGCGAUCCAGGUUCUAGGUGGGAUGGGUUACGUGGCGGACAUGCCUGCAGAGAGGCACUACCGUGACGCUCGCAUCACUGAGAUCUACGAGGGCACCAGUGAGAUCCAGAGACUGGUUAUCGCCAGCCAGUUACUAAAGGAAUAUGAGCCAUAGACACACUUCUGUCAGUGCCUUUGGCUUAACAUGGAGAUUUAAUCCCAGAUCUGGAAUCAGAUAAGUAAACCAAGAGACACGGAAUCAUCCAGAAACAAAGGGAAGCCAGUGUGAUUAAGCUCUUUAAUACUGUAUCAGUGUUAGAUCAGAGACUACAGUACAGAACUGUAUAGGAGAUUUAUUUGAUUUUACAUUUCCGUUAUCUCCAUUGUGUCAUAUUCAAGGGAAUUCAGGAAUAAUUUUAAAGUGGCAAUCUAGAAGAUUUGAUUCCUGGUAUUUUAGUGAUUAACUAUUGACAUUUUAAUAAAGAAGUCAGUCAAUAACUUGCCUUUUCCAUCACUCUGAACAACGGUAAUCUGAAUUUAUGCCGCACACGGUAAUUUAACAGACAUUUAUUUACUUGAAAGUUUCAGGGAUUGCCACUUUAAAAACUGUAAAUGAAAAACAAGUUACCUCAACUGCCUUAAAGAGGAUACAAGUGCUUUGCCUUUUUAAAGGGUCAGUUCACUCAAAUUUAAUAUUUUCUCACAUUGAUCGCAGGUUUAUGAAAUUUCUUUCACUCAACUGCACAAGUAAACGUAACACAACUAAUUAGAUGUACUUUAUCAUUCAGUCAACAUCAGCUAAGUUAAUCACUGACGUUGUGAACAAUGCAGCACAUGGUCAUCACUAAAUGAAUGGAACUGGCUGCAGAAAGACUAAGGAGCCCUGUUACCUGUUAUCAUGUGAUCGAUGUCCCAGUCACUGAUGAAGACCAUGAGAUGUGGCUGAAAGCUUGAUGUUAGACUUAAGGCGACAUAGGUCUGGGUACUAGUGGCAGUUUAAGGUAUUUAGUUGUAGGUUGGUUACUUAGUUAGUUUAGUUAUAUCUCAAUCAGGGGAGGACUCACCACAGUUGUCUUGAAUGUCAAAACAGACUAACAAGCUCACCUAGUUUUUAACAGAAAUGUGAACUGACCCUUUUUAAAAUCUACACCAGGCUUCAUUUUGCCUAGACACUGUCUCAUUACUCCUACAGAACAUGAGUCACAUCUUUGUGUCUGCUCUGUGCUUGCUAUUAGGAAGUUUAACCACCAGGGGGCAACGCUGUGUCUUUAUGUUUCUUGACCCACUUCUGCUUCAACCUGAAUCACAACUCACUGAAAACCAAUCAAAUGUAACCAUUUACUCUCAUUUUACGUGGCUGUUUUCUGAUUUCCCCUUGUGGACGGAAGUUAGAGCUGAUAUUUGAAUGAUAAUGUGAACGUCUGCCUCAACAUUCAAACAGAUAUAUCUUUGAGCUUGUCAUAGGCUGUAAGAGGCUGUGUCAUGAAUUGUAUCUGCUGAUUUCACAGACCUCUUGUGCCUCUGUGACAUAUGUGUACAUAUUUUAUUGUAAUUUAUUAUGUGCAAAUGAUAAUAAAAACUAAAUUACAAUACUU